AUGGAUGGUCAAGAUCCAACGUAUAAUCCAAAUCUAACAUCAUCACAUUAUAAUCCAAUGAUUUCACCAUUGACAUUAUCAACAACAGAUGCAAAAUAUAAUUCAUAUGAUAUGAAUGUUAAUGAAAAUAAACCAUUUAAUGAUGUUAAUGGAAUGAUACAACAAAUAAUGUCGAUUGUGGAUCAAAGUCUUGAUGAAGCUCAAGCACGAAAACAUGCAUUUAAUCAAAGCCGACUUAAACCUGCAUUUUUUCAAGUAUUAUGUGAAAUAAAAGAAAAAACAGCUAUUAAUCUUCGAAAUUUUCCUGAAGAUGAACCACCUGAUGCACAAUUAAUGCGUCUUGAUAAUAUGUUAUUAGCUGAAGGUAUUGCUGGUCCAGAAAGAUUAGGUAGUUCAUCAUCAUCAUCAGUUGCAAAUGCAAAUGCAGCUGCAAGUAUUAAUGAUGAAUCUGCACUUGAACAUGGAGAUUAUCGAGCAAAAUUAUCACAAAUUCGACAACUUUAUCAUACGGAAUUAGAAAAAUAUGAACAAGCAUGUAAUGAUUUUACUAGUCAUGUUAUAAAUUUAUUACGUGAACAAAGUCGUGCACGACCAAUAUCACCUCGAGAAAUUGAUCGAAUGGUAUCAAUAAUUCGAAAAAAAUUUUCAUCAAUACAAUUACAACUUAAACAAAGUACAUGUGAAGCUGUUAUGAUACUUCGUUCAAGAUUUCUUGAUGCACGACGAAAACGUCGUAAUUUUAGUAAAACAGCUACUGAAGUUCUUAAUGAAUAUUUCUAUUCACAUCUAUCAAAUCCAUAUCCAAGUGAAGAAGCUAAAGAAGAACUUGCUCGAAAAUGUGGUAUUAGUGUAUCACAGGUUAGUAAUUGGUUUGGUAAUAAACGUAUUCGAUAUAAGAAAAAUAUUGGUAAAGCACAAGAAGAAGCAAAUUUAUAUGCAUCAAAAUUAGCAAAUCAAGCAGCACAAGGUGUUUGUGGUAUACGUCGAGACAGUGAUAGUUCACAGCAAGCUGAAUCUACACGAAAAGUUCGUUCUCGAGUCAGGAACUAA